GACAUAUUUUAAAUACAAGUAUUUCGGGCGGAAGAACCUAGCGUCUGCCUAGGGUAAGUUUGGGCGGCGGCGAAAUUUUUACGGCAACUGUCCGGAUAGGGAGAGUUUUAUCAGAGUUUUCUCAAGGGCAAGGCGUAGAUACAGGUUGUGCAACGGAUUGGUGAAGCAACAUUUAACCAAGGAAAACAAAAUUGGGGGUGAGGUCGAUUGGAGAUUUACACCACUCGGCAAUUUGAAAGCAGACGAGGUAAAGAGGUUGGCCAGGCUUCAUCGUGGGAAGGGCGAUCACUUUGCUAGGGCAUCUCCAAUAAGCGCUGAUCUCCUUAAACAAGAAAGGGACGACGGGUAAGCGGACGUUGCGGUGGGAUUCUUGGGCCGGUCAACAUCAAUUAAGGCAAACAUGAUGAGGAGGCAGGCUCAGAUGAUUAGUAUGUGGAGGCUGCUUGCUUUCGGACUGGUUGUGUUUGUGCAAUAUUUUGGCCAAGUGAUGGAGGCAACUCACGGGCAAAUCAAGGUGAUGAAGGAAGAAAAUGAAGUGAUGAAGAUUCGUCCCCCUAUUGGGCCGCCGCCAUAUUGGAACUGUGAGACUAGAGGUUGGAACACAGCGCUGGAAGAUUGGAUUCAACUGCUCAAUGAGUUCAUCCUGCUUAAUUUUAUUUUCCCCAUUUUUAGUCUGUUAAUUAUGAACUUCGUUGCUAUCGUUUUGUUUUUGGUUAUUGUUCAUGAUACUAGGUUUAUUACGUUGACCGAGGGUACGACAAGUUUUGAUAUUGUUAGUGGGGGACGGAUCUAUUUGUUCGACAAUAGCUGCAUUCAGCUAGUCCGUCUGGUGGUUAGCGAUUCGUAUUGCUCCUUCAGGGGUGAUUGUCUCUAUGUCUAAUCGUAGGGCUAAUAGUAGUAGUUGGAACUUGGAAGGUGAAUGUUGUAGUCGAUUUUGGUCACUUUGAAUUUGAUGUAACGAUCAUGAUUCAAUGACGGGGUUUCCUUUUAAAAAAAAAUAGAAGUAUUCCAAUUCACACUUUA